AUGACCGUAUCUGUGAGCUGUGCGUCUCUCUUGCAGGAGUUUGAGCGCUCGCGUGCGUUCGGGUUCCUGAACGAGGUGAAGAAGCGCUUCCAGACCACCUACGGCUCGCGAGCUCAGACCGCGCUGCCCUACGCCAUGAACAGCGAGUUCUCCAGCACGCUGGCUGCGCAGAUGAAACAUCACUCGGAUCCCAAAGGCUCAGACAGACUGACUGAAACACAGAUGCAUGUAGACGACUUGAAAGGCAUUAUGGUCCGGAACAUCGAUCUCGUCGCUCAGAGAGGAGAGAGACUCGAGCUGCUCAUCGAUAAAACGGAGAACCUGAUGGAUUCUUCCGUCACCUUUAAAACAACGAGCCGUAAUCUGGCCCACGCCAUGUGUAUGAAGAACCUGAAGUUAACCGUCAUUGUCGUAGUAGUGGUGCUGGUGGUGCUGUAUUUUAUCGUGACGGCCGCGUGUGGAGGAUUCAGCUGGCCGAACUGUCGGAAGCAGUAGAUUCUCCCUCAGUAUGUGAGAGCACUCGUUCUGCUCGUCUGACUAGAGCCUCACAAACACAGCACAGCACUGAACUCCUGCUGUGUUUCCUG